AUGUCUUGGCUGGCAAUCUGGCUCUCUGCCGUGAUCAUAACAGGAUCUCAGGGGUGCCUGAAAUGUAGUCCAGAGGCCAUCCGGAUUCUGGAUGAAGUGAAAGGUCCCUACCUGGACAGCAAGCUCCGCGGAGACCCUACACUCCGGGAAAAACUGCAGAACCUCCUGCAGAGUAACGUGGAAGGCCUAUCGCAGCAGCCCAUAGGAAAGAGCUCGUACAUGGGUGUUAUUGAUGAGAUCACGCUACAGGAGCUCACAGGCCACUUCAAGCGCUCCAUGAACCGGAUCAUGGAAAACCAGUUCGACGGCGGGCAGCUUUUCAAUGAAAUCACAUGGAGCCUCCAAGACCUCCUGGUAGCUUUUCAGAAACUGCUGAAAGCUUUUCAGAAGGUCUAUUGCAACAAUGAAUGCGGCAACAUGGACUAUAUGUUUUUGAACUGCUUCACGUGCAAGACACAGAUCUAUUCGUGCUCGAAGAACAUCUACUGUGGAGAAAGGAAGCUCAAAGUGGAAAUGGAUGAAGACUUGAUUCUGGACUGUGCUAUGAGAUGGCACCGGUACAACCACGGGGCAAAGAAAUAUGCCUUUUAUCGAAUUGUGAAAGGCAAAGAACAGGAGAUGACCACCACGAUGGAUUCCUUCUUGGUGAAGAAGGAGGCAAAUGCAAAUGACGCUGGGAAAUACCGUUGCAAACUUUUCAGUGCCAAUGGAUACCUUAGUAGCAUGCUUGACUUCCAAGUGACAGUGGUUUCAUCUGUUGGGAAGACCACCUGGUUCCCGCGACCGCAGACCACUCCGGAAGGGCCCAUCGCUCUGGGGAUCUCUUCCAGGGCUCCGCUUCCCCAACCAGACUGGACCGUCUGGAUAGUGAUUGGGUCCACAGGAGGGCUGCUCUUCAUCAUUGUUGCUGCUUUCUUGUGCUAUUAUCGUCACCAGAAUGAAAAGGAGGAGAAGGAGGAGGAAUCAGGUGAGGAUGAGCAAGAGGACGAAGAGGAAAGUGAGUCGUCAGACUAGGCGGAGAAAUGAAGCUUCUCUUGUUCCUCCUUGUCAAGAAUCCUGCCCCCCCCCCCGGACCCUCCUUAUCUUCUACACUCUUGUCUAACCUUUAGUUUUUUUAAAAAGCAAUAAACAUAUAGUGGAUAUUCUUUA